AUGGGAAAGCUACAUAACAGGCGUCGCACAAGACUCAGAGCCAACAAAAAAACUCAUCAUCAAGCACUCGCCGUCCCACUACUCUCAGCUCCAGACAUGCCGGUGCAUGCUAUGAACAACAACGAAAUCCACUCGUGCGACCUGCGCAACAACACUCAGACUACUACCGAAAACAUACAAAAUUGCAAAAACGAGCAACAUGAAGUACGCCAUACCCAGUACUACGGAGCAGGCGAAGGCGACGAGUCUGGGGAUCUUUGCCCUUUGAUGCUUCAAGUGGUCCUGGAUUUGUUUGAUGGCGUUGAUUACGAAGAUCCAUGA